AUGUCGAGUUUUAAGCAAACGCCAUUAACCUGCAGUGGACACACCAGGCCUGUCGUACACUUGGAUUUCAGCGACAACACCGACUAUGGAUAUUUUUUAAUAUCUGCGUGCAAAGAUGGAAAACCCAUGUUGAGACAAGGAGAUACUGGUGAUUGGAUUGGUACAUUUGAAGGCCACAAAGGUGCCGUUUGGGGGGUAGCCUUGAACAAAGAAGCGACAGUAGCUGCAAGUGGUGCUGCAGAUUUUGAAGCUAAGAUUUGGGAUGCAAAAACUGGUGGUGAAGUACAAUCUUUUCAACAUAAACAUAUUGUAAAAAGUGUAAAUUUCUCAAGAGACAGUGUUUUCCUUGCAACUGGCUCUAAUGAAAAAUUGCUCAGAAUAUUUGAUCUCAACAAAUCAGCUGAAGCUGUUACUACAUUCAAUGGACAUACAUCGGGUAUAAAACAUGUUAUGUUCUUUCAAAAUGAUAGAAGAAUAAUUUCUUGUGCUGAUGACAAGACAGUUAGAAUCUGGGAUCCCCUGUCUGGACAAGAAAUUCACAAGAUGGAGUUUAAUGCUAUACCAACCAGUUUAGAAGUGUCUAGAGACGAAUCUAUUGUGACAAUAGCGCAUGGAAAUUGUGUCAGUUUUUGGAACGCUGAAAGUUUAUCAAAAGUCAAUGAAGUCACUGUACCAACACUUGUGAACACGGCAUCAUUGCACAGGGAUAAGACUAUGUUUGUGUGUGGGGGGGAAGAUCUUAAAAUGUAUAAAUUUGAUUAUACCACAGGAAAAGAAAUUGAAUCUUUCAAAGGUCAUUUUGGACCUGUACACUGUGUCCGUUUUUCACCUGAUGGUGAACUAUAUGCUUCUGGCUCUGAAGAUGGAACUCUACGUUUGUGGCAGACAACCAUUGGAAAGACAUAUGGCUUAUGGAAGUGUGUAGACAAAGUUAGCUCACCACAAGAUUUACACCAACAAGAAAUAACCGCCAUUUAAUGUUUUAAAUCAAAUGUAACAUACAUUUCAUCCAAAGCCAAUUUAUUUAUGUUAUUGAAAAUGUAAUUUUCAUUUAUAUAAAUCACUUUAUGAAUGACCAAAACAUUUCCAGUUAAAAAAAAAAAAAAAUUAUCAUUCUAAAAUCUAAUCAAUUAAUAUUUUCAAAUCAAUAGCAGUUGAUUAUAUUCUCAACUUUUAAUAAUUUAAAAAGAAUC